AUGUCUGCUGCAACCGUCACCCGCACUGCAACCGCCGCUGUUCGCAGACCCGGCUUCUUCAUGCAAGUCCGACGGAUGGGACGCUCAUUCGAGCACCAGCCCUUUGAGCGACUCUCCGCCACCAUGAAGCCUGCACGACCCGACUAUGCUAAGCAAGUCGUCUGGACGGCUGGCAAGUUUGUCACUUAUGUUCCUCUUUUCGGCGCCAUGCUUACCUGGCCUGCGCUCGCCAAGUGGGCUCUGGACGGACACAUCGGACGGUGGUAA